GCAGUAGUGCGCCACACUCACUAUGGCUUUAGCCGCAAGCAGGACGCUGUUGGCGCUAUUUCUUACGUUUUGUGGGCCAGGAUGCAGCUGGACAGCAGAGAAACCCCUACGACCCCAAAAUGCGAAACAAACAUCUGUGGAGAAGGGCCUGGGGGAUAGCUGGGAGCCUUCUAUCCAUCUGGACGGAAGACCUGUGGACCGCUUCACAAUCAGCUCCAAUAAACCCACAAAGUCUCAUCAAUUCACUAAAGUGAGCAAGGACAGUCGCUCUCCUCUGUUGGAGGAUGUAGACCCUGAAUGGGUUAACCUGGAUGGCUUUGCUGUGUUGGGCGGUGCACCUGUCAGCAAUUUAUCAACAGCAGGUCCAGUAAGAUCUUCACAAACAGUGGCACCCCGCAAUCACUCCUCUGUAAAGCGGGCAACCAGGAUGGAGAGGAAGGCUCAGCUGUCAGGUGUGCCUAAUACCAGGAAACACAGGAGGGCACCUCAGUCUUCCUCAGGGCCCAGGCAGCCUGAGAGAGUUUUUGCAAGAGCUUCUGUGCUGGAAAGGAGACCCCAACACCACACCAAGCCUCAGUCUGAUCAGAGAAAUCGACUUGCGCACAAACUAACAUCUGAGUCCGUUCAUGUGGUGUCACUGCAGGCACAGAAGGCCCAGGGCCAGAGUGCACCCGCCAACAGAGCAGGCACAACCAAAACAACCACACCAGCACCACCUGAACAUGAGGCCCAGGACAUCAGUGUCAGGGUCAUGUCUCCCAAAUCAGUCCUCAUCUCCUGGAUUGACCCCGCUGUCGAGAUGGGGAAGGUUGCCCCUGGGGCAUCCAGAUCAUACACAGUUAGGUACAGAGAGAAGGGUGAAUCAGCACGCUGGGAGUACAAGGACAGCACGCAAAGGAGAAUUUUGAUAGACACCCUGUCUGCUGACAGCAUGUAUGAGUUCUCUGUCAGAAUCUCUCAGGGGGAAAAUCACAGCAAGUGGAGUGUCUCCGUCUUUCAGAGGACUCCAGAGUCAGCACCAUCUGGGCCACCUGAGAACUUUGAGGUCAAGCCAUUAAGAGGAAAAGGGACUGCUGUUGUAGCAACAUGGGAUCCACCUGAAGAACCCAAUGGGAGGAUAAGAGAGUACAUCUUGUCUUAUGCUCCCGCUAUGAAACCUUUUGGAAUGAAAAGCUUGACGUACCGUGGCAGCACCACAACUGCCACCGUAGAUGGCCUCACACCUGGAGACCGUUACAUUUUCAAGAUUAAAGCCACCAACAGGAGGGGACAUGGACCGCAGAGCAAGGCCUUCAGUGUUGCCAUGCCAGGACGCAGCAGUACAGCCUCAUCGUUCUCAAAAAACAAUGACAACCGCAGGACUGAACUUACGCCUUCCAAACAGGAUACCGACCAUGAUGAAUCCAACCUCCAAUCAACAGAAGUGCCAGAAGAACCAACCACACAAACCCAGCCACUCCAUGAAGCACCGGUCAACAAGCCUUUUCGUCCACUUUCCCAGACACGCUCCUAUCACAGCAUCUUCUCUUCUGUCAGGGGGUCAAUCAGGGAUACAGCAAACACAGGCUCUGUGAGAAGUAGAGGUAAGAACAAUGACGAAGAGGAAAACAAAAUUCCCACAACGCCACCUCCAGUAGAAGAGACAACACCCAUGGAAGUUAUACCAGAGCCUAAAGAACCACAUAAUGAUGUUUCCCCUGAAUCUGAGGAUGAAGAAAAAUAUGAUGUAGAGCCCCUGACUACUGAAACCCCCAGCCUCAAAGUUUUGACACCUUCUCCAACUAAACCUACAUCUGGUCGUCAUUAUCCACCAAAAAGAAGGCCAGUAAAGAUCAGGGUCCAUCAAAAAGCAGGAUCCAAGAAUACUUCCUCCUCCUCAUCCACUGGGUCAUCUUCAUCCACUUCUGCUUCAUCAUCAUCAUCAUCAUCAUCAUCUUCUUCUUCUUCUUCUUCUUCUACUUCUACUUCUACUUCUUCUUCUUCUACUCCCAAUUCAUCUUCUUCUUCCACUUCUUUGGACUCCUCCUCAUCUUCCUUAUCAUCCCCUUCUACAACCUCACUGUCCUCUACCUCACUUAUUCAAGAAUCUGCAGCAAGCAGAAAGGACUAUGUAGCUCUCACAUAUCCAGAGUCAAAAAGCAUUUAUGAUAAGUCCAGCAUAACACAUGCAAAACCCUCCACAUCAUUUGCACAACCAAACAAUUCACAGCAGACACACAUUACACCUGUAAGUAGAGGUUCUACUUCAGCAGGACGCACCAGUGGUUCCCGUUAUAGAUAUGAUUUAGGCCGAAGAUACCCUGGAAGCUUGUUAAGAGGUAAUUCGACCCGAAUGUUGAAUGGUCACAAACUUCCCGUCACCUCACAGUCAAGUUCUCCAAGCAGAACUCAGAGUCAAGUAACUUCAAGGAUACAUACUUCAACAACAUCACAGGCCGCUUUACCAGAAAACACUCAAAACAGCAAAAAGUCAGAUAUUUUAAAUCCAUCAACAUCAAAUUCAGAUUCAGGGAGCUCUUCCAGCAGCCAAGACACCUCAGAUUCCUAUAAUUUUGACAAGUCACGCUCCACAUUAGAAUCUAGGUCUCAUGGCUCAAUAUCUUUGCAAGUGACAAAUCCAUCCACUUCACAGAGAAAUGCAAACCACCCUUCCAUGGCAGAUACAUCAGGAUCUUCUCAAAGAACUUCACAAAGCUCUGCAAGUUCACACAACUCACAGAGUUCGCACACGUCACCUGAGCGAGACAUAUCACACGCAGAGGGAAAUGAUGACACUAAUUACAAAAACACAGAAAGAGAAUUAACCAAAGUUGAGGUGCCUACUUUAACUACUAGAACACAACCCACAGAGAAGCCGAUGAAGAAGGACGAGGAAGGGGAUGAAGGAACUAAAGAAAAACCAGCAGUUUCUCGUACCAGAAUCAGCACUUCACUUAUUGAAAGAUUCCCUUGGCUAGCUAGUCGUUACCCAGGCAGAUUCAAUUCAGAUAAAAUGAUAUCAUCUCCGAGACAGGAUAGUAGGGUUCCUUUGACCGGGGUAUCAUCCUCUGUUGGGGCUGGCAGACCAGUUUUGAGGGGGACGACUACAAGGGUCUCAGGAGCUACAGGUGCUGCUGGAGUGCCCUCAGUACAGGAGACCAGUGAAGAUCCAAAUACCCGUUCUACUCAUGACUCACUAAAGAAUGGUUUUGGAGCAAAUUCAGUAAAACCAUCACUGACCAAUCAAAAUAUAGGAACCAGUGGCACUAGAGACCAAACUACCUCAUCAUCAACAUCUUCCUCUUCACCAUCGACCUCUUCAAAUUCUGAUCCUCAUCAUUCCUUAAGUGGACACAGAGACUCCAGUGAGCCCAGCCACAGAGAAAUUACUGAUGAAAAAAAUAACAAUGAGGAUUAUCUCAGUAAAAAGAAUGGAGAAAUCAGUGGAGAAAAUGAUAAAGUUGCAGACCCCAUAGUAGCUCAGAAUAAGCCUCCUAUCAUUCCAGCAGAGACCCACAAAAAUGCAGAACAUAAUGCAAGUGUGGAUACAGGAGAAACUUCAUCCAGGACCAGACCUGGCACUACUUCUGGAGUCUCUCCAACUCAGCGUCGUCCUGGUGUAGGGGUGAAUGGAAGGGUUCGCUCUCCUCUCCUACCAAACAGGCACUUUGGUGGGUUUAGGCUUCCCAUAAGAAUGCAACCAGCACCGAACUCUAGGUUGAGUUCUUCAACAGCUGACUCUACCUCAUCAUCAUCUGAUUUCGCUUCUUCCUCAAAUUUACCCCAACCAGUGCUGACCUUGGAUCGUGACAUUAGCAGUGGCACUGCUGUGACAAGGACAGGGGGCUUAAUUAGAGGCAAUUCCCGUUCUACAUCAUCCUCAUCAUCUUCAUCUUCAUCUGGAGACAGCUUUAGGAACAAUGGGAGUAGGCCUCACUAUUCCAUCAUUAGAGGGAAACAAAAUAAUGGCAGAGGAAUCAAACCUGGCAAUGGAAAUGGUAAAAAUGGACGACCCAAUCUGACAGCAACAAAUGAUAAAGAGUCAUCGUCCGCUCAUGGAACCAGCAAGGCUGCUGGUCAAAGGUUUAUCACUGGACCAGAUGGAACAAAAUGGGUGGUAGACUUGGAGCAGGGGAUUCUUAUGAACGGGGAUGGAAAAGUUCUCCAGGACUCCCAGGGCAAACCCAAAAGAGUGGUCCUCGGAGAGGAUGGGCGCACUAUUUUUGAUCACAUGGGGAGUCCCUUGGUAAGCCAGGACGGUAUUGCUCUGUUUGGCCAUGGCAGAGAUAGCCAACCUGUGGUCAACCCUAAAGACAAGGUCCUCAUGGUUGGAGGGAAACCUGUACUUGGUUUGGACCGGCCUCGCCUCAGGACCAUCACCUCCACCACCACCACCACUACCACUACUACUACCACCAUGGCUCCCACUACCACACCUGAACCCACCACUGUUGAAUGGACCACAGAGGAGUUUACCACUGGAUUUCCAUACCCAACGUGUCCACCUGGAACCUUUUCCAAAUCAGAUGAAUAUGGUUAUCCAGUUCUGGAUUCAGAGGGAAUUUUGAACUGCUAUCCAGAAGAGGACUCCUCAGGAAUGGAAAUGGACCUCAUGGUUACAGUGACCAUGGUGCCUGAUGCUUUAGCUCUUAAGAAAGAUAAGUUUUUUGUCCAGACCACCCUGCCACCAACCACCACCUCCACCACCACUACAGAGAUCCCGACGCCAGCGCCACACAUCAGACCCUUUAACAAAGGCCCUUCAGCCGAGUUCGACCUGAGCGGAAAGAAGAGGUUCACAGCUCCAUAUGUAAACUACAUCCAGAAGGAUCCAGGAACACCUUGCUCUUUAACAGAAGCUCUGGAGUACCUUCAGGUUGACAUCCUGGAAGACUUAUUGAGGAAUGACAGCUUGAGAGCCAAUCAUAACCAGCCUCCGAAAAACAAGCCUCAUAACCUCACUGUGGUCGCCAUGGAAGGCUGCCACUCCUUUAUCAUCCUGGACUGGGCCCGCCCUCUCAAAGGUGAUAUGGUGUCAGGCUACAUGGUCCAGAGUGCUUCAUAUGAUGAUGUCCUCAACAAUAGGUGGUCCUCUAAAGUCUCCACUGGGACACACCUGGCUGUGGAAAAUCUCAAGCCCAACUCUAGGUACUACUUCAGGGUCCAAGCGAAGAAUGUGUUUGGCGUGGGACCAUUCAGUGAAAUGCUCACUUAUGUCACUGAAUCAGAUGACCCUCUCCUCAUUGAAAGACCACCUGGAGGCGAGCCAAUCUGGAUUCCUUUUUCUUUCAAGUACAACCCAAUCCACAGCAGCUGUAAGGGCGGCCAGUAUGUCAAGCGGACAUGGUACAGGAAGUUUGUGGGUGUGGUUCUGUGUAAUUCCCUACGAUACAAGAUCUUCAUGGGAGAUAGUCUAAGAGAGCCUUUUUACAGUAUAGGAGAUACAUUUGGCCAGGGAGAGGACCAUUGCCAGUUUGUGGACUCCUACAGGGAUGGAAGGACAGGACCACACUACAUGUCAAAUAAUCUGCCCACAGUACAAGGAUACUAUCGUUCCUACAGACAAGAGCCAGUUACAUUUGGGGUUAUUGGCCGACGCACACCCCAUCCAUUUGUGGGCUGGUAUGAAUGCGGGGUGCCCAUCCCCGGAAAAUGGUAACACAGUGGGAAGAAGAGACAUUCUUGGGCAACUGCUCUGCAUCCUGCUGCAGGCUUCUACCCUUGCUGGUCCUGCCCUUAAAAAGUGACUUUUGCCUGCUACCACAAAAAGACACCACUACGAAUUUAUUACAGCUUCACAGAAAAGGAGAAUAUAUUACUUUUAAACAACUCAAUGUAUAUCUUUACAAUGCACAUUUUAUAUAAAGCAGUCUGUAUAUGAGGGGGAAAAAAAGAAGCAUGUGUGCUUUUGCUUAGUUUAACUCUUUUAGUGCCCUAUUUCCAACCAUCCCAGUGACAGGUCCCACCCAGUGUUAUUUAUCUCACCAGUAAUGCAGUGACAUUGGACCAAAGAAGAAGCUGCAAAGCAAACUGUAAGAAUGGGCACUUGAGGUGUGUAUAGGUCAUUUUUAAUCAUGACAUUUGUAUUUCAUAAUGUAAUAGCUUCUGAUAGCUACUUUCUGUUUGUUUACUGUGUUCAUAAACAAUCAUACUGUUUUUACAACUUUUGGUAUUCACCAGAAUUCAUUAAAGGUUACUGUGUAAGUUUUGUAUGUAUACGGACAAAGAAUAAAAGACCAAAUAUUUGCUCAGGAACUGUGGUAGAUUUAAUAAAGGUGAUAUGGAAA